CCCGGGCCCCCCCCCGGCCCGCCCCCGCCGUGCCUAUCCCGGGCGGCGCCGCUCCCCGCCACUGCCCGCUCCGCUCCUGUCCGCGCAGCUCCGCACGCCCCCCCCCACCAUGCCAUCCCAGCUGGAACACGCCAUGGAGACCCUCAUGUUCACCUUCCACAAGUAUGCGGGGGACAAGAACCACCUGAGCAAGGAGGAUCUGCGGGUCCUGAUGGAGAAAGAGUUCCCCGGCUUCCUGGAGAACCAACGGGACCCCAUGGCCCUGGACAAGAUCAUGCGGGACCUGGACCAGUGCCGGGACGGCAAGGUGGGCUUCCAGGGCUUCUUCUCGCUGCUGGCCGGGCUCACCAUCGCCUGCAACGACUAUUUCGUGCUCCACAUGAAGCAGAAGGGCCGCAAGUGAGCUCCCCACGCCGAGGCUCUGCCCUCACACCCCUGGGUGCUGCCCACCCCCUACAAUAAAGGUGUUUUGUACUACUCUG